AUGUCAUCAAAUACACAGACAAAACCCGAUUUAGGGAUUCUUGAAGAAGACGAUGAAUUCGAAGAAUUUCCAGCCGAAGAUUGGACUGGAGCAGAAGAGGAGAAAAAUGAUGUAAAUGUUUGGGAAGAUAAUUGGGAUGAUGAUAAUGUGGAAGAUGAUUUUUCAAAACAACUGAGGGCUCAAAGGUCAGUCCAGCGCCAUUUCAGUUCUUCGUUGUGGCUUUUGCGGCUUGCUGAUAAAAGCAGAACACGCCGCCCAAAUGAAGCUGAGAAAUACCACCAAAUUAAGCGUUUGGAAGCUCUCGGUGACCAAAUCAUCACUUCUGCUCAGUUCAUGUUCAGCUUCUCAAAAUGGGCCUCGCCGUUUAUUAUUCUAUAUCUUUACCGUCAUGGCUACUGCACCAACCCAAACAACAUGGUGGUGGUGGUUCGUUUCAUGUCUGGGGCAGCUGCUAUCUACCUUUUUGCUAUGUGUACAAUAGAGUUGCUAGACUAA